CGUGAGGCAAAAAAAAACAUCACCACCCUUCACUUAAUGGGUUGCGCUACUUCUGUCUUCAUCGCCUCAUAGUCCGCGAGAAAAAGCGUAAAGGAAAACGAAAGGCAACCGUUGCUGCCACUGGACGCUGUGGCGAUGUGUGGUGUGCAAAAUCUACUCCAGUUUUUCUUUACAGCUAUUUAAGAUGUGCAUACUCCAAUGGUUUUACUAAACGUAGGAUGGGAUUAACUUUGACCGGCAGAUAUAUCUCACUGUUUCUUGCUGUACAGUUGGUGUAUCUGCUCCAGGAGGUGGGCGCUACAGGGAAAUGUGAUACUGUAUUUAAAGGUUUCUCAGAUUGCCUGCUCAGACUGGGCGAAAGCAUGGUGAACUACCCACAGGAGUUGGACGAUCGAGAAAACCUAAAGACCAUCUGUUCGUACUGGGAUGACUUCCAUGCUUGUGCCACCACUGCCCUUGCGGAUUGCGAAGGAGGGGCCACGGAGCUGUGGGAAAAACUCAAAAGGGAAUCCAGGAACCUGGAGUUCCGCGGUAGCCUGUUUGAACUGUGCGGAGGAGGCAAUGGAGCGUUGGGACGUAGCGACCGCUCCGGCGUCACGAUGCUUCUGACGGCACUUCUCGCUCUAGUGACAUGGCUCGCUUUCUAGGAAGCAAAACAAAAAAGUUAAAAUGAAAUAAGAAGAGCAAAAAAGGAAAAACAACGUAAUACAAAAGAGAAAAAAGACUACCAACAUGAAAAUAAUAAGAAAAACGUUUAGCGAUCAAAUGUGUCCAACUGUACACUUACCUGGAGUUGUACACACCAGAAAAGCAACUUUAUUCAGACGGGACGACAUUCUGAAAUUGAAUCAAACACCGGCAGACCGUCCUCUGGGGAUUCUCCGGGAUCUUUGACCUGGGCUCAAUUUCAACACACGUCUAUUUCAGCAGCGCUUCAACAGGAAUUACUACAACGACAGCAUCUCACUCAAACACAACUGUGGUACCUACAUCAGUUGAUUCACAGGACAAGGAGUUCAGCAAUAUUAACUGUAGGCAAAUACAAACGUAUAUUGCGUAGAUAAAUAGCAUCAAAGCACAAUCUGAUGUCCCGGCUUAUACUAUGGUUAAAUUUCACAAAUAGCGGCCAUAAUUCUACUCUUAACAAUACAUUACAAAAUGCAGAAUUGCAAUUAAUCCCAGGUCGCCUUCUACACGAUCCAGUAAUAAAUGUGUUUAUUUAUAUAUUUCCAUUUGCCAAGUGCAUCACGUCAAGCCAAGUAAAAAAAAAAAAAAAAAUGGAGACCGACGAAGGAUAUUAUUGCCGUGAUCAAGUUAGACUCACGCGACCACUGUCCGAACAACGACAGCAAGGGAAAUAAGGAAAUGCAAAAACUGAGCACCCUAAAUUAUGGAAGACUGGGUAGCCUGGUAUAUAUACAUAUAUGAUAUAUACACAUAUAUGAUAUAUAUAUGUGUGUGUGUGUGAAGAAUGAUGUGACUGUUUCCACUGCACUCCACAUGGUGUUUCUGACAUUCCAUGCAUACAGAUGAAAAAAAAGAGAUGUAACGUCACCACGACAACAUGCAGGCUGCGAAAUUAAUUAGUGGAAUGGAGUGAAAAUUGCUAGCUUUAUUUGAUGUUGCCAAGGCAUAGAUCACGUUUCACUGUAUUUUCUUUGUUCGUUUAUAGAGAUGUUGCAUAUAACCCCUAACUAUUCCAAAACUAGAAAAAGAUAAAGGGGAUCUAUCUAUAUAUAUAUAUAUAUCAAAUCAUUUUCAGAAAAAAACAGAGAUAACUAAACCCGAAAGAUUUUAAAUCAGAGUACUUAUUAUAUAGGCAUCUUAAAAACCAGAUUGCUACAAAGUAUAAAAAUAUAUUAAAUAAAUCAGUUAUUGUUUGAAACUUAAA